GAUUGUUUGUCGCACAUUUAUGUUCUUUCUUUAGCAGCAACCCGUGAAUAGCCGUCAACUGUUAGCAAAGCAUUUGUCGAGACUUUAAGAUUUCAGAUUUCAGAAACAGACAUAGACAUGUCUCACACGAUUCUGCUGGUGCAGCCCACCAAGAGACCAGAGGGCAGAACAUAUGCAGACUAUGAGUCUGUCAAUGAAUGCAUGGAAGGAGUGUGUAAGAUGUAUGAAGAGCAUCUGAAGAGGAUGAAUCCCAACAGUCCCUCUAUCACAUAUGACAUCAGCCAAUUAUUUGAUUUUGUUGAUGAUCUUGCUGACCUCAGCUGUCUUGUGUACAGGGCAGACACACAAACCUACCAGCCCUACAACAAAGACUGGAUCAAAGAAAAGAUCUAUGUGCUCCUGAGACGUCAAGCCCAGCAGGCAGGAAAGUAGGGAGUGAGCAGCUUGGAUGCAAAUGGGCUGAAUUUCAUCUGAUGCUAUUUAACUUAUCAGAACUACUCUACAUCACAUGGCAAAAUUAGAUGAAACUAGUGGUAAAGUGAUGCUGCUUAGUUCAGAUGUUGUUGAUUGCAUGUCUUUUCAGUCAAUAGGUCCAAGCAUAGAGUAAAAAUAUUUUGCUUUUUAAAUUGCAUUUUUGUAAUCGGGGUUGGGGACACAGGAUAUUUAUGGGACAAGAAAGUACGUUUGGAAAAAUGGGUUUAGGGCUUGUUGAGGCAUUUUUUUUUAAACCCCUCUCAACUGAUGUGUUUUCUUGAAUUUUAUAUUGUGGUUUAAUUGUUCCUCUAUUUAGAGUAUGCUACUUACACAUUUCAGAUUGUGGAGACUGUUCUGAGCCGUCUUAUUUCCCAGCUCUUGUCCUCGGUGCUCCUCAGUUCUGUCACAGAUUUUUUUUUUUUCACCCUCUCUGUUUUGUGUAUGUAAUAUAAUAAUAAAAAAUCUUCUUACCAAAA